GCAGUAGUAAAGGAAGACUUCUCGGACACCGUACAUUCGCGGAAGUGAUCAAUGAAUAAUUGUAAAUGAUAUGACAUGCGUAAGUUAUAAUAACAAGAAUACUGUGUGAGCUUUAUUCGCCCGGACAACUUUCUUCAGGAUACUCAGUAUGGACGAUGAAUGGGAGGAAGAGGAGCAACUGGUGGUGGUGGAGCUCUCAGGUAUUAUCAACAAUGACUUCAUGACCAAGUGUCGUGGCACGUGCAAGAUACUGGAUAUCGACAGCGAGAAGCCCAUGAUGCAGAUUGGACAGUAUGUUUUUGCAGGGGAAUAUGAAGAUACUUUGGGAACUUGUGUUCUGUUUGAAGAGGGACCAUCCAAAGGAAAAACAAAUGGUGGUCCAGAGCUCAAGUACACGUGCCACACUGUGAGGAAACUGAUGAUGCAACGAAUUUUCCUCACAGAAAAGAAAGAGUGUGAAACAAGCACAGCAGGAAGUGGGGAGAGUGGUGGCAAGGAGGAAGCCGCCUGUCAAAAAUAAUACUCUAACUAGCUUGGAGGGACAGGUGAGCUCAUGGAAGACAAAGACUUGGAAGACAAGGCAGCUGGCUGAGCGGUGGAGCCUAGCAUUAUGACCUUCUAUUCAGGUGAUCAGAUAACAGCAUGGGUAAGGCUGUUAGAGACUCUGUGUCUGAAACAGACAAUCCAAUGACAGCUGGAUUUCUACACCUCAGCAAUAAUGAGAUUUAUCCAAUUACCGUAAGGCUUGCCCGAAUGUUACAGUAUUUUCCUUGAGCCAUGUAAUGUCUUUUCUUUAAAAUCAUUGAAUAAAUAUUGAGUUUAAAUCAAUAUCGACAGUAAAAAAAAAUUAAAAAUCAUGAUGGUAAAUGUA